ACUAUGGGAUUAUGGAGAGGUGUUGAGGUGUUUUGUAGUUAAGACUUCCACACUGUCCCAGGACUUCUUUCCUAUACAUUCUCCUCAACAUGAAAACUCUCCUAGCUACGCUGGUCCUGUUCGUUGCUGUGCUACACACUGUGUUGUCUUGUCCGGUGUGUGAAGGUGAGGGACUGAAGUGUUACACCUGUGUGGCAAAUAACCAAGAGGAGUGUAACCGGCAGGGGUCUACAGUGUGUCCAGCUAACUCGGAUGCCUGCUCUACUAUCACAGGACCCCACUCAGUUAUGAAGUCAUGUGCUUACAAGUCCUUCUGUGACAAGUCUCACAUGAGCAAAGGUGAGAUGAAGCUGGAAUGCUGCUUUAAUGACGACUGUAACGGCCCCCACCAGUACCACAGCCACGGGGAGCACCCUAACAUUGCCAUGGCCCUGAGCUCCAGCCCUGUCCUGCUCCUGGGGGUCCUGCUCAUUAGAGUGGCUGUCAAUUCACUGUAAACCCUAAACACUCUGACCUACAGUAUUACACAUUGAAUAAAUCCUCAUCUGAUGGAUUAAAGUAAACUGUAAAUGUUAACUGUAAAUGUAACUGAUAGAUGAGCUUUUGUCUACUGGAUGACCACAUAAUCUGUGUGUGUGCUCUUGCUGUUAUAUGUACAAGGUUAAAAUAAGCCCUGCUGCUUCGGAUCUGUGUCAUUUUAAGUUGUGUAUGAGCUCAAAUGAUGAAUAAAGUACUAAAUGACCAA